AUGGAGCAUGUGAGUCGAGACAUUUAUGAAGUGACCAUAUCGAGUGCACUGUACCAAAGGCCGGCAAAUAAUAUAACGCUUAUAUGCAGCGUUGUGAUGAGUGGCUAUGAGAAUCGUCCACCUAUGGUACAACACACAGUCGAUUGGUGUGCCUUUUUUAAUAGUAAACGUCGGAAUUUAUUGGCAAAACUGGCUUAUAGUGUUAUGGGGCUCGAACGGUACAGUAAUAUGAAUCAUAGCUGUCCAUAUGAUCACGAUUUGCUUGUUGAUCACUAUCCAUUCGAUGGCAAAGCGGUGGGCAAAGUGCUGCCAUUUGGCAAUGGUAUAUUCACCUUCAUCACAAAAUGGUACUCUAAUAAUAUAUUCAGUGCUGAGAUUAAAAUACGUUUUCAAGCAUUUGAAAGAUAA